AUGUCCGCAGCAGUCGCGCCUUCCAGGUGGAAGAACCAGCGGCGGAGGGUCUUCCACUCGGUCUUCCAGACCGACUUUACCCAGCCCACGCCCUACUCCACACCCUCAGCCAGGUUCCCGGACUUCGGCCAGGCCUUCGGCGGCCCUCACGCCGGCCAGAGCCCGUUUGGCCACCCGCACGCUCCUGGUGAUCUGCCCGGCACGCCGCUACAGCGCCCGGGAUUUGGCCUCGGCGGGCCCUUCUCGAGCCCGGAUGCUCUCAGGUCGCCGUCAUCGACACAUCCCCAUACCGGGGCCUCGGAGAUCUGGUCACCGUCCCAGCCGGACCGGCCUCUCCAAUCCGAGGGCUUGGCGGACGACCAGGUGCGGUACGACCGUGCGUGGCAUAUCGUGACCACCCGCAUCUCCCUUCCCUCCUCCGUGGCCGCCGAGGACUCGUUCGGGACUCUAGCGCCCGAGUCGCAGUAUCAGUCCCAGGGCGCCGGGGCGGAAGCGGACUUCCAAGCUGCCUUGCGGCUCGUCCUCCACGCCAAGACGGCCCUGCCGCGGGCCAGACACACCGAGGACCUCCUCGGCUGGCACAUGCAGCAGGUCCGCCGGCACUUUGUGCAGCAUGUCCUCCCGAUGCUCUCGGCGUGUGCCGGGGCCCAAGCCGGUGCCACCGAUUCCACGACGGAUGCGAGUCUCCAGGGAGACGUCCGGUUCUACGACAAACACUUGGCCAUCGUCAUGAGCAGCAUCCGCACACUCGAAGCGGCCCUGCGACUUUACUUCUACGGACUCUCGCUGAUCCUUCGCGGCCUGCCACCCGGACAAGACUUGGCCGUUGCUACCGAGACGGAUGCCUCUCAGGCCGCUGCGGAUGCGGUGGCGACGAGUUUCAGGAGGGACAUACACGCACUCAUAGGAAAUUCAACAUCUGCCGCCUUGAUGCAUUCCAUCCGCGUCGUGUUCCAGCAUCUCAUGAGCGCGAUCUUGGGCCUGUGCGAUGCAGACGGCAACAGGCCUGCUUCAGUUGGGAAGAGGACACAAGAAAAGUCUCGCCCAGCGCCCCCUGACGAGAGAGACUCAAAGAUCCAAGCCCUGCGGCGGCGGCUUCACGAGCUGGUCGAGGCGUUGGCCGAGGUCGGGCUAGCUGGCGAACGUUUUGAGAUCCUCUUCGCCGAGAUGAUGGACGCUCUGAUGUCGGAUUUCGUGACUCUAUCAUAUUCGGGCUUGUGGAUCUCUGUUCAGGGCCGCGAGGAGGGCCAGAACGCAUUCAUGAGGAAGACCAGGAGCGCGACGGCGAGCGCCGGCAGCGGUCUGCCCUCGCCGUGCAUCGCUAGCCUGUGCGACUGGAUCGAGAACCACUACGCGAGACUGGCCCUCGAGGUCAUGGGUCGCAUCAGCAAGGGCAGACACGAGGCCGUCUCGUUGUCCCACGUCAAGCAGUGGAAGGAGAUCGGCGUCGGGCGGCUGGCGUCGCUCCGCAUCUCUGAGCUGUUCGACAUUGUCAUGCAGUGGCCGGCGAGCAAAGGUGCUCUAGACGACCUGAGGGCCAGUGUGACGACGCCGCAGAGGAGAUUGCAGCUGACCAACACCCUAUCCGCGACGUUGCAGAGGAAGUUGUUACAUCCUGCUCGCUCGACGCUGGAGAUCCUACAGGUGUACAUUUCGAUGAUCCGGACGCUCCAUGCGCUGGACAAUUCCAAAGUCCUUCUGGGCAGGGUGGCCACCUCGCUCCAGCUCUACCUCUGCCAGAGGGAAGAUGCCGUGCGCAUUGUCGUGACCGGCCUGCUUGCCGAUCCCGAGGAGACCAAAGAGAAGAAACAGACGGCGGAGGACCAGGGCGACUCCUCCCAAGAGAAGAAGCCCGACACACUGGUCGAGCUCGCUGUGAUACUCAACGACCCGUCACAACAGCGCCGCCAGACGGUCGAGGACGAGGAGCUUGACUGGAACGACAUGACGUGGGUGCCGGACCCGGUCGACGCGGGCGUCAACUACAAGCGGCCCAAGUCGGAGGACGUCAUCGGCACGCUCAUCAGCGCCCUCGGGAGCCAGGACGUGUUCAUCAAGGAGUUCCAGAGCAUCGUCGCGGAGCGGCUGCUCGCCGCCAAGGGCGACAUAUCGCAGGAGAUCAAGGUGCUCAACCUGCUCAAGAAGCGCUUCGGCGAGGGCGCGCUGCAGCACUGCGAGGUCAUGAUCAGGGACAUACAGGAAGGGCUGCGCGUCGACACCGUCAUCAACAGGGUGCAGAAGCUGCAGCGGCGCGGCCUCGCCACGCCGGGGACGCCCGCCAUGGCCGGCACGCCACAGGGUGGCGGCGGGCCCGUCACGCCUCAGGGACCGCCGGGUACGCCCCUCCCGGCUGUCCUGCCGCGGGGCGGUGCCCAGCCGGAGGACAACGGUGGCGGCGGAGGCGGCGGGAUGGAGUACCACUCGCGCAUCCUGUCGCGGCUGUACUGGCCCAACCUCGUCAAGGACACUUUCCUGCUGCCGAACGAGGUCGUGGAGCGGCAGCGGCAGUACGAGGCCGGCUUCGAGCACAUGAAGGGCGGGCGCCGGCUCAACUGGCUCAACUACCUCGGGCGCGCGUCGGUCGAGCUCGAGCUCGAGGACCGCACCGUGGCGGCGGACUGCAAGAUCUACGAGGCGACCGUCAUCUACGCGUUCCAGAACGAGGACGAGGACGGCGGAGAAGGAGGGGAUAAUGAUGAUGAUGCGACACGCGGCCCGGUGACCAGGUCGGUCGAGGACCUGUACAUGCUGCUGCAGAUGGACGACGACCUCGUCGCCGCGGCGCUCGAGUUCUGGGCCGGCUUGGGCGUGCUGCGCCGCGUGGAGGGGACGACGUACGCUGUGGUCGAGCGCCUGGGCGAGGCGGGCGAGGCGAGCGCCGCCGCCGCGGGUCCGGAGGGUGCCGACGAGGACGAGGACGAGGAGGCGGCAGCGGGACCCGCGUCGCCGCACAAGUCGGCGGGCCAGGCGGGCAGCUCCGCGGCGGCGGCGGACGCGCGGGACAAGGCGCGGCGGGAGCUGUACUGGAACUUCAUCCGGGGGAUGCUGACCAACGCGGCGAGCUCGAUGCCGCUGGCGCAGAUGGCCAUGAUGAUGAAGAUGAUGAUCGCCGAGGGGUUCGCCUGGGGCAACGAGGAGCUGCAGGAGUUCCUCGGGGAGAAGGUCCGGGAGGGGGAGCUCGAGGUCGUGGGGGGGAAGUAUAGGCUUGUCAAGAAGUGA